UUGCAAUCUUAGUAGGUGGGUGGUCGGGUAGGGAGGGACCAUCAAUCGAGCUAAUCUCCUGCAAUUUUAGCUCCCCUUUCGGCGGAAGAUCGACGUUUCUUAGUGCACUGGUUGUUCCUAGUGAUUGCGAUCACGAGUCUAUCGCCCUUCCGGUCUAGGCGUCAGUAUUCCUGGAAGCUGCCGCACAGAUUUGGCAGGGCAGUGAGCUUGCGACAACAACCUAGAGGUUCGCAGGUCGUUCUGCUGACUUGGACUGACUUUCGCUGACUUCUGCCGACUGCCUUCCGCUAUCUUCCAGGCGGGCGCUCUCGCGGGGUUUCAGCCUGGAUGGGCCUUAGCUGUAGGGGGGGAUCUCGGCCGUUUCAACCACUGCACGGCUGCCGAACAGACAUACUACCGACCUUACAACAGACCUUACAACAGUCACCCCUACCUAGCUCUUUCUAGUCUGGUGUUCCAGGCGAGGUAGUAGACAAGAGACCGUGGGAGGAGGAGGCGGGGGGUGUGCUGUGAGGGCUAACGGUUUCACGAACCAGCUUCCGAAGUUAACGUCUCAUGUCACCAUCCCCUCCCACCAGUCGCAUCGCAGGGUUCGGAUCCUUCCAGGCCUGAGGCCUGAGUCUCCGCUGGGUUAGAGUCAGAUUCGAGAGGAAGUAGAGGCAUCCAGCGAUCCGCCAUGGGCAGGUCCAAGGAACCCCCCAUUCUUCCCUUCACCUCCUCGACAGUCUCGAGGGACGCCUCCUCCUCCAUCAACGUCCCCUCCGCGCUCCCCACCUCCUCCUCCUCCUCGUCCCUCUCGUCCAACCCCAACAUCGCCAUCGCGCUUCUCCUCCUUUCCCGCCUCCGCGACGCCGUGAGAGCGGCAGCAGCGCAGCAGCGCCCAUGGCUGGAGCUCGUCGACCGAUCCGCCUUCGCGCGCCCCGAGAGCCUCUCCGACGCCGCGAGCCGCAUCCGCAAGAACAGCCGCUACUUCCACGCGAAUUACCUCGUCGUUCUCUUCCUCGCUAUAAUCGUCUCCGUUUUGCACAACCCGUUCGCCAUCCUCUGGCUCGCGAUUCUCUCCGCGGCCUGGGGCUACACCUUCCUGUUUCGCCCCGGACCAAUCACCAUAGCCGGGCGGUCGUUCAGCGAGCGGGAGAAGCUUGUCAUCAUGUGCCUGUUAUCCGCGUUAGUAGUCUUCGGCCUGAGCCCUCUUGGCUCGGCAGUCAUGUCUGGAACAGUUAUAGGGGUGGCUGUUAUCUGCUGCCAUGCUGCGUUCAGAGUGCCCGAUGAUCUGUUUCUUGAUGACUCUGUGGAUGGGCUGGCUGGGCUGGGCAUGGGCGCGGGCAGCAGCAGCGGAUGGUUCAACCUGCUUCUCGGAAGCAGCACAGGCGGAGUGGGAGGUGUGGGGGGGGUUGGGGCAGUGGGAGGGGUGGGAGGGGUUGGGAUGGGAGUGGGAGUGGGAGGGGUGGGUGGUGUGGGGGUUGGAAGAGGGGGUGUUGGGCUCGGGGGAAGUGGUUUAGGCAGAGGCAACAGCAGCGGUGUGAGCAAGGGUAGCAAUAGUAGUGUGAGUAGUAUGGACAUCCCUAGACGACACUCAGCAUCCACACUUGAGUCUGCCGUCUAGUCUAGUAGGGGUAGGGUGCUAAGAGUGUAGCAUACAGAUGGCAUGGCAGGGUCUUGUUGUUCAACAUUUGCCUCAUUCCCGGCCCGUUUCCUCUAGUCUCCUUCAGUCAGUGACCUUGUAAUAGACUGUAGUAGUAGUUCCGAAGGGUUUCUGUUUGCUUUUUCCAUCCAUGCCCUCCUUUCUAGACGUUUCUCCAUUUCCAC